GUACACAAAGUAAAGGACUACACCGCUCCACGUCAGACGGAAACAUGCAGAGCAUCAGCUCUUCAGGAGGCAGCCUCCUCUCAGAGGACCAGUUCAGCUGCUCCAUCUGCCUGGAGGUCUUCGUGGAGCCCGUCUCCACGCCCUGCGGCCACAGCUUCUGUAAGGCCUGCCUGCAAGGUUACUGGAACCACAGCAAGAAGUUCCUGUGCCCCAUGUGCAAGAAGAGCUACUCCAAGAAGCCUGAGAUGAGCGUCAACAGGGUCCUGGCGGAGAUUUCCUCGCAGUUUCAGGGGUUAAUGAUGGCCGGAGGAGCGGGAGGAGAUGGGGGAGCUGCGUCAAGAGCUUCCACGCUGAGUCUGAACUCAAACUCAGGGCAGUCGGGCGCUCCAACGGUAGACACUGGGGAGUUCGCUCAGCCUGGGGAUGUCCCAUGUGACGCCUGUAUUGGGAGGAAGUUGAAGGCGCACAAGUCUUGUGUGAACUGUCCGGGCUCAUUCUGUGAGGCUCACCUCCGACAUCACAAAAAGGUGAAGUCUCUGAUUUCACACCGUCUAAUCGAACCCACUUUCCACUUGGACGAGAAGAUCUGCAAAAAGCAUGAGCGUCUCCUGGAUGUCUACUGCCGCACCGACCACACCUGCAUCUGCAUGGCGUGUGCCGAGGCCACGCAUAAAUCUCACGACAUUGUCCCCAUUGACCACGAGUGGAAGAAGAAAAUGAGUAAUCUGGGUAAGAAGAGGUCAGAGGUGAAACACUUGAUCAAGGAGCGAUCAAAGAAACUGGAUGAGAUCAAACAAUCCAUCAAGGUGAUCAAGGCCAGUGCUCAGAAGGAGUUGGAGGAGAGCUGGCAGGUGUACGCCGAGCUGCAGCGGAUGGUGGAGCAGAGUCAGGCAGAGCUGGUGGAGCAGAUCUCCACGAGGCAGCGAGAGGCCGAGAGACACGCGCAGGAAUUAGCCCGAGGCCUGGAGAAUGAGCUGAGCCAGCUGAGGAGGAGGAGCAAUGAGCUGGAGGCCUUCGCACAGACGCAGGACAAAAUUGUCUUCUUGCAGAGCAUCUCAACCCUGUCGCCCCCACCGGAGCCUACUGAUUGGUCGGCUGUCAGCAUCAACACGGACCUCUACCUGGGAACCAUCCGUACCUCUGUCAGCAACCUCAUGGAGAAGUUCCAGGAGGAGCUCAAACGGCUGUACGGGAAAGAGCUCCGGAGAGUACAGAACUAUUCAAGCGAGGUGAUUUUGGACCCGUCCACGGCUCAGAGGAACCUGGCUGUGUCCGACGACGGCCGCCAGGUGAGAUACGAAGAGCGGAAGACCUCCCACUCUGAGGGUCCGAAGCGCUUUAGCCCCGCCCUCUUCGUCCUGGGCAGAGAGCGUCUCAGCUCCGGGCGACACUACUGGGAGGUGGACGUGGCACGCAAGACUGCAUGGACGCUAGGCGUGGCCAGCUCUACCGCUCGCCGUAAAGGAGAGAUUAAGCUGAGCCCUGAGGGUGGGUACUGGUGCCUGUGGCUCAAGAACGGGGAGGUGAAGGCGUUGGAUUCGACCCGUCUGCCACUACAGCUGUCGUCCCAGCCCGGGAAAGUUGGAAUCUUCUUGGAUUAUGAAGGCGGCCAUAUUUCCUUCUAUGAUGUGAAGUCGCGCGUGCAUCUCUACACCUUCAGCUACACCUUCAACGAGGCGAUGUAUCCCAUCUUUAGCCCAUGCCUGGUCCAGGAUGGGAAGAACAAUUCCCCCCUUGUUAUCACACCUGUUAAACACACCUGAGUUUACUGACCUAGGUUCCAGUUUUCUUAUAGACAGAAACAGCUUAGCAAAAAGCCCUGGCAUUAUUGUUUUCAUUUUUUAAAACGGUAUUUUCUAUUAUUUGGUCGUAGAGGAUGUUAACCCCUUAAAUGAGCUGAGACAAUACUCAGUUUUAGUUGUUUAAGAAGCACUUUAUCUCAGUCUAAUGAAACAAAUUCAUGUCACAUGAUCAGAGUGGACGGCUCUACUGGAAGGUGAUUGGAGAUGGAUCAUGGCACAGCCAGAGACUGACUAGAGAGGCCACGGUUUGCCGGAUUACGGCAUGUGCAGUACGGAAGAAACUCUGUUUGCAUGGAAUAUGCGGAGAUUACAGAUUAGGCCCACUUUAGUUUAUUAUAGUUUUAUUCUUUAAAUAAAAAUAAAUGUUAAAAAAUAAUGAAGUUGCACAGAAACCAAAUGUGUCAUGGAUAGUACGUGGUUUUAACUGAGCAGUUAUCACAGAGGGAGGUGGACACAUUCAACACCUGCCAUUAUUGUUUCAUAUUGUUUACACUUAUGUACAUUUGUAUAAAGAAAAAAGAAGACCAGAUAUAUGAAGGGAUAUUUCAGAGGCCAUAUCAUAUCUUCAGUUUAGAUUGAUGCAUUAAGAUGAAUGUAAAGUCCAAAUCCUGUUGAACUUCUUCUGUCUUCACUGUUAAUCUAUGUUGACCUGUGUCUAUGAGACUUCUGACACUUUGCACAUAAAAGCAAUGACAUUUAAUGUAAUUUAAUCUAGGUUUGAGCUUGUAUGUGGGGACAUAUGAGACAUUUUUGUACAUGCUAUAAAUUUGUGACAUUAUAUGAAAGGGAAUUUUGUAUUAAUCUUUAUAAUGGUGCAGGUUACUCAUGGACCAUUAAAAU